GAGGCGGGGGACCUCGCUCGAAUCCGUGCCAGAGAGAGAGAGAGAGAGAGCGUCGUAGGCCGGGCCAGGCGGCAAACGGAACGGCGGUGGUUCCGUGAUUUCCGUGGCGCCGCCGCGUCGUACGUGGAGACGCCAAACCCAAUCCACCAUCGCCGCCCACGGCUCCCCCGUCCCGUCCCGUCUCCUCCCGAUUCCCUCCUCCUUUAAAGAGGAAGAACCCAGCCGCCGCCACCACUCCCUCCUCCUUCCACCCCCACCUGCUCCGAUCGCCCGCCGCCUCCGUCUCCGCCAAAUUCCAUAUCCUUCAUCGGCUCUCGCUACGGAUAGGGUCCUCAGCCGGCACGCCAGCGGGCAGCAUAUCCAGCCAUACGUGUCGGGAAGCUGGCGCCUGGCGGCAGCCGCCACCUCCCGAGCCUCCGUCCGGCCGGCGGCGGUCUCCGUCGUCGCCGCCGCUCAUAGUCAGCGGCGUCCGUUCCCCUGUUUCGGGCAGGGAUGGAGGCGGCGGCGGCGAGGCAGAGGGCGCGGCCGCGCACGCCGCCGGCAGAGGAGUACGACCCGUGGACGGCCUGGCUCUACAAGCCGCGCACCAUCUCGGUGCUCCUCGUCGGCGCAUGCCUCCUCAUCUGGGCGAGUGGAGCUCUGGAUCCGGAGGGCGCUGCCUCUCACAGCAGCUCCACAUCUAUCAAGAGGGGUGUCUGGGCUAUGAUUGCGGUGUUCCUCGCCUACUGCACACUCCAGGCACCAUCAACGAUACUUAUUCGGCCCCAUCCUGCCUUCUGGCGCCUGGUGCACGGGCUGGCGGUUGUUUACCUUGUUGCUCUCACGUUUCUUCUUUUCCAGAAUCGUGACGAUGCUCGCCGGUUCAUGAAACACCUUUCUCCUGAUCUCGGAGUUGAAUUACCGGAGAGAUCCUAUGGAGCCGAUUGCCGUCUGUAUGUUCCAGAAAACCCUAAUAACAAGUUCAUAAAUAUUUAUGAGACAUUGUUUGAUGAAUUUGUUGUCGCCCAUGUCUUGGGCUGGUGGGGCAAGGCUGUAAUGAUACGAAAUCAAGCUCUCCUUUGGGUCUUGUCGAUUGGCUUCGAGCUAAUGGAGCUUACGUUCCGACAUAUGUUACCAAACUUUAAUGAGUGCUGGUGGGAUAGUAUUAUCUUGGACAUCUUGAUCUGCAAUUGGUUUGGUAUUUGGGCGGGAAUGCACACGGUCCGAUACUUCGAUGGCAAAACAUAUGAAUGGGUUGGACUGAGCCGACAGCCAAGCAUCAUGGGUAAGGUGAAGAGAUCUUUGAGCCAGUUCACUCCUGCACAGUGGGACAAGGAUCAAUGGCAGCCAUUCAUGGGGCCUUUGCGGUUCAUCCAAGUGCUGUUCCUCUGCGUCGUUUUCAUGAUGGUGGAGCUCAACACAUUUUUCCUUAAGUUCUGCCUCUGGAUCCCUCCGAGGAAUCCCUUGGUUGUGUACAGAUUGAUCCUCUGGUGGCUGAUUGCGAUCCCGACCAUCCGCGAGUACAACUCCUACCUGCAAGACAGCAAACCGGUGAAGAAGGUCGGGGCCUUCUGUUGGCUCUCUGUAGCCAUAUGCAUAGUGGAGCUUCUUAUCUGCAUGAAGUUCGGGCAUGGGCUUUUUCAUGAUCCAAUGCCUACAUGGCUGAUAAUCUUUUGGAGGUCGGCGGGGGUAGCGUUCAUGAUCUUCUUGCUCGCGUGGUCGUGGAGGAAUCACCAGAAAUUCCGCAGAAAGAAUCUCUGAUAGCUUGGUGUGAAGAAUGAUUUCUACUGGAAUCAUUUCAAAGUUGUUUUUUUUAUACAUAGGCUGUACAUAUAUGAUGUAACUAAAAAACCUCAGGGGAGCUCCUGACAGUGACACGAACCUGGUCUGUCACAGCAGCCCAUUGUUCACAAGAUUGACAACUCUAGAUCAAUCAAGAAUAAACACAAAAUAUAAUGAGCUAAUAAGUCGAGAUUGUCAGAUUGGUUGA